AAAUAAACUUUUAUUCAGAUAGCCUAGUUAUUAACUCCACCUAAAAGCAGCUAUUGCAUCUCUUUGGUUAUGAACUAGCACUAACGUCGUACAAUACGCUACAGUUACUAACUGUAACUUGAGAAAUUAAAGCUGUCAUUUUUCGAGAAACGAUCUCCGCAAACCUUACAAUGAAUUGAAAAAUAGCCAUAAUUUUAAACGUUUCUGGGAUUUCGGACUGUCAAUUUGCUCCGGAAGUAAAACAUACCCGUUCACACGCAAGUUUGAGCUCGCUGUCGGACAAAUGCGUCCGGCCGUGCGCUUUUAAUCGAAUUUACACGUGGAACUUUAUUUUUUUGUCUUUUUUAAAUUUUUUCAUACAAACUAAAAGGAAAAUUAAUCAUCCAAAGCGACUCAUCUCCCGAAUUGACGUCAGGUCAGACAGCAUGUAAUGCAAUUCUCUGUUGGUUGGAUCGCCUGAACCAUUGAUAGAAAACGCGUUGCCACCGUAUCUAUAAAAUAUUUACUUUUUAAACUUUAGUAUUUAGCUGGCCAGUGAUGAAUGGCUACCACUGCAGAGAAUGUUGGAGAUAUUCAGGCUCAGAUUGAUGAGAUUGAAGCGCUUUCUUCUAUCUAUGGGGACGACUGGUGCGUGAUUGACGAAGCAUCGAGAAUAUUCUGUAUUAAGAUCUCAGAUGACACCGAUCUGUCAAAAUGGACCAUAUGUUUGCAGGUAAUUCUUCCCCACGAUUACCCAAGUGAAGCACCGCCCAUUUACCAACUUAAUGCUACAUGGCUGAGAGGAUCAAAGAGAACAGAGCUGUCCAACAGCCUCGAAGAGAUAUAUGUGCAGAAUGCUGGCGAAAGCAUCCUCUACCUAUGGAUAGAGAGGAUCCGUGAGUUCCUCCUGGAGACGUCCCAACUGAAUGACUCAGAAACCCCUGAACCGCAGAACGUGUCGGAGGAGGUGGAGGUAGACGAUGGCAGAAGCUGGACCGCUGAGAGCGAUUUCCCUGACCUCCGUGCCCUAAGACUAAACACAGAGGCUGCACAUCUUCUGUCUGAGCUGUCUGGAGACGAGGAGCUGCCUCCAGUUAAGCACGGGGAACCAAUCACGGACAGACGCAGCACGUUCCAGCCCCACCUCGCUCCCGUCGUGACACCCAGACAGGUAAAAAUGGUUCUAGACAAACUCUACGAGAAUAAGAAGAUAGCGAAUGCCACUCACAACAUUUAUGCAUACAGGAUAUACUGUGAGGACAGACAGACCUUCCUGCAGGACUGUGAGGACGACGGCGAGACGGCCGCCGGUGGGAGGCUUCUUCACCUCUUACAGAUCCUGGAUGUUCGAAACGUGAUGGUGGUGGUGUCCAGGUGGUAUGGUGGGAUCCUGCUUGGACCAGAUCGUUUCAAGCACAUCAACAACUGUGCGAGGCACAUCCUGGUUCAGGAGAACUACAUAGAUUCAGUGCUGUUUUGAGGAACAAGUACAUACUUUUCCUCCGACAUCUUCCUUGUGGCCGGACCCAAGUGGAAGACCUGUGCACAUCAAAGUCAUCUUGCCUGGAACCCUGUCACGACCCUGACUUCAAUGAAGAAGUCCACACGCAUCUGCUGUGACCUUAGACCAGCUGAAGAGCUGACACAACACCUAACAAAAUGAAGGCCUGGCCUCCCCUGUAUUGCCGGUAAGUCCUGGUAUCAAACUGUAGGAUAGUGUAAUACGUUUAACAACGUUUGUUGUGUUUUGUUUUGCUUCGCGUGUGUUGGUCUGGAAUAGCGAAUUUUCUGACCUUGUUGUUUUACCAUGCUAAAACAUUUUAUGAGACUGAUUAAACAGACUGACCACAUAAUUUAGAGUAGUGUGUCACCAACCCUGUUGGUUGAGACCUGUUGGCUUGUGUCGCUUCGCUGUACUUACGCUUCUUCACCUCCACCACUGCAGUAGCAGUAGCUAGCUAUCUACAAACACUCUGCUGAAACGUUAUCCCACCCCACAGGCUCUGAACACCCCACUCCCAACACUGAAAAGAGCAUCACACACAGAACUGUCCCGGAUACCUCUUAGAAGCAGGAAUACAGGCAGAGGAGCACAGAUCCAGAAAAAACUGCACAAAGAAAGAGAUUGUCUGCGCAUAGAUACUGUAUAACUGAGCAUGAUUAUUUUAUAGUAUUUUCAAGGUGAAAGUCUUGCAUAGUAUGCCUUCAAUUUGAGUUUGUUUUAAUCAAUGCAGUCCAUUCAUUACAAUAAAAAGACAACAUAAAACACUUUUUUCCAAAUAUAUUGCAAAAGGCAUAAAUUAAAAAGAUCAGUUUAAGAUUUAUAAUUAUAAUUAUACUAUCAGGUCUUGAUGAUAUUCGGUUGAUAUACUCGGACUGUUUGGUUGCUAGCUGAAGUCUGUCUUUGCCCUACAUGGAACUCAUCAUUGAUACAUAUUACCAAUAGGUUUAAUUUCCAUGGUUACAUCCCACAUAGGGAAUAAUAUUUGAUACCAUACAACCACAGUUUACACCAAAACCAACAGUAAACCAACGGGUCAUAUGGUUGGUGACUCCAGUACAGCAUUUCACAUCACAACGUGGUUGACAUUCAUUUAUUUUUCUUUGGUGAAUAGAGGAUGAAAUGAACACAGACGGAAAUGGGACAAAAUUACUUUGCAUAAAAAUAGUUCAUUUCCAUUUCAUACAACCUGCACUGGCCUUUGGUAUGGAGAUUUUCAAAAGUGUUAAUGAAUAAUGGUAAUGAGGGAAAUCAAAUCAGUAAAUUAGUGGUGAUGGUUGAGACCUUUACACAAGCAGAAGAAAAGAGAAUGAAUUCAUUGCCUUUUUGUCUGUUGAAAAGAAGUGCCCUCAACUACUUAUACCUUGUAUAAAGAAAAAACAAAUCUAAACCUUUAUAUUCAGAGAUCAAACAUUAUGAACAAGGACAUACUUGGGUGUUUCUGUUUCUCUUCUUUGAAGAGAACAAAAAAUAUACAGAUUUAUUUAAAUCCUUAUUUCAUCCUCACAGGACAAAGGUAUGAGAAGUUCACCUUUUUCAGUACAUUGCAUGCCCUUUCUCCUGAAGUAACACCAAUUAAGUGCCUGGAAAUGUUUAUACAUCAGCCAAGUGAGGUGCAGUUUCAUUUUACCCAGCAAAAAUGGUCUCAUUUAAAAAUACUUUAUGGAUACUGCAACAAAAAAACUAAACUAUGAACUUUGACUGUACUAUUAAUGGUGUAGUGUGGAAUAUAAAGUGUACUGUACAUACCCUCCAGCAUCAACACGACACACUUCUUCCCAAAUUUUUUAUAUCACACCCUGUAAAAUGAAACCUCUAGUGAAGCUGCUUCAAGACUCAUAUAAUUACUGUAUGAUACUCUAGAGGAAGACAGAAGAAGAUAGCACUAUGUGUUUCUCUUCAAACCAUUAGAACAUCUCCCCAGUCUAUUAUAUGUGUUGACCACAAAUUGACAAUGGCGACACAAUUUUCUUGAAUCUACAUGUAGAGUCUGUUGCCCUACUGCCUGUACCACACGUCUCACCCAUUACUUUCUUUUUGAUUAUCGUGGCAUUUGUUUUUAAAGUGCAUUGAUUAAGUUCGAUCCAAAUGAGUAUAUUUGUUGUUGGUUGAAUUGUGUAUUGUUACGUCCCAGUGUUUUUUGUGCUUAGUGUUUUGUUGCUGCCGUGUUUGUUUCUGUCUUCCCUAGAGACAUGUGAUGUCAUUAUGUGGGUCUGCCAGAGAGAGGAUGCAUGCCAACCUGGCAACCAGACUGAGGGAUGCCUGUUGUUGAGGAUGCUAGGACCGUCGCGAAGCAGUGUUAUUAGAAAGAUGCUGGACUAUGUAUUGAUUAUAAGCAUCUUUUUAUGUUAGUCUACAGUUUGGAGUUGAGUCUACUGCCUACAGUCAACGCUGUCUGCAGUCUGCUCAUCUUGACAACAUCAUCUUAGCUUACAAACUUUACUAUAACAUAAAAGCUUUUUUUACAAGCUUUUUUUUACAAAAGCUUGUAAAAACGCCACUUAUAGCCUGUGUGUUACCUAGUUAUAGAAAGUUAUUCUAAAUAAGAGUAUACAUUGUGAAGACAAUCAAUGGUCACCCCAAUUUCUACUUUGGAACAUCUGCAAAGAAUUGGAGGUUUGGAAGAAAGGACCAUUUUCAACUCUGCCGUGGGCUACAUCUACCUGCCCGGUGAGCCUGUAUAUAUGCUUAGAACAUUUUA